AUGUCCUUCAAACUCCCCAGCAAUAUCCCUUCCUUCUCCUCCUCCCAGCGCGAGUAUGAGGACGGCUACUGGCGCGCUACAAGAGCCAACGUCGACAACCACGGUUUCUCCUUCACCAGCUUCAUGAACCCGGACAGCAACAGCAAUCCGCCCAUGUACAAAGACAAACCACAUUACGCCUCACGGCGGGUCCGGAGACGGCGAAAAAUUACCUGGGUAUUGGCUGGGUUGGUGUUCUUGGGUAUUGUGUGGGUGCUUGUGCAUAUGACGGCACCGGGGAAGGCGGUGCGAAUGAAAACUACUAAGCAUGGGGACAAUUUGUGGAAGUGGAUGAGAGCACUGGAGAAGGAGAAAGGGGGGUUGUUUGAGGGGGAUGAGAGGGAUGGAAAGGGAGUGGUGGAUUGGGCGGCGAGAAGGGAGAAGGUUCGAGAUGCGUUUAUCAUUAGUUGGGACGAUUAUGCGUCCCAUGCUUGGGGCCACGACAUAUACAAACCGCUGAGCAAGAAGGGUGAAGACAUGGUCAAGGGCGGAUUGGGCUGGAUAAUCGUCGACUCGCUGGAUACAUUGAUGAUCAUGAACCUGACAUCCCGUGUGCAAAAUGCCAGGAAUUGGAUCCAUACCUCUCUCCGCUAUGACCAGGACCAUCCUGUCAAUACUUUCGAGACGACCAUUCGAAUGCUCGGUGGCCUCCUCUCUGCGCAUUAUCUGUCGACGACAUACCCCAACCUCGCCCCGAUUGCAGGCGAUGAUGACGGAGCUCCCGGCGAGGAUCUGUAUAUCGAAAAAGCCACAGGUCUUGCUGACCGACUGCUUGGCGCAUUUGAAUUGCCAUCCGGUGUACCAUAUGCGAGUAUUAACCUUAAUACGAGCGUAGGCGUAGAAUCCCACAUGGAUUUCGGUGCCUCUUCGACGGCUGAGGCAACCACCCUCCAGCUAGAAUUUAAGUAUCUUGCGAAACUUACGGGGGAGGCAAACUACUGGGAGAAAGUGGAGAAGGUCAUGGAGGUUGUCGAAGCAAAUGGAAUGGAGGAUGGUCUCGUUCCUAUCUUUAUUGAGCCAAGUUCAGGAAAAUUUAUGGGCCAGAAUAUCCGGCUGGGGAGUCGCGGGGACUCGUACUACGAAUACUUGAUUAAACAGUAUCUCCAAACUUCUCGUGAAGAGCCGAUCUACCUUGAUAUGUGGAAUGAAGCGCUCAUGGGCAUCCGCGAACAUCUUGUCACAUAUACGAAACAUGCUUCUCUCACAGUCAUUGGCGAGAGGCCGAACGGUCUCAAACAUGAGCUGGUUCCAAAAAUGGACCAUCUCGUCUGCUUCAUGCCCGGCACCAUCUCCCUCGCCGCGACAGGUGGCCUGCCAAUCUCCCAAGCUCGGAAGACCCCAGGUUGGGGCCACAAGCAAGAGGAAGAAAUCCUCCUCGCCAAAGAACUCAUGAAAACCUGCUGGGCCACUUACGUCGCAACAAACACAGGCCUCGCGCCGGAAAUCACCUAUUUCGAGAUCGACGACCCACCCCGUAUGAUGAAAAAUGUGUUCCCGGACUUACGCAAGAACCCCGCUGCUGCCAAAUCUGCCAAAGCAGAUUUGCACCUAACAUCCAAACCCCUCUAUCCACUCACGGACGCCAACAGCGCGUGGCGCAAGGACGUCGUCAUCAUGCCGCAGGACAAACACAACCUCCAACGCCCCGAGACCGUCGAGUCACUGCUGUACAUGUACCGCAUCCUCGAAGACGACACGUACCGGCACUGGGGCUGGCAGAUGUUCAAGAACUUCGUGAACCACACCUCAAUCAGCGUGCAGGAUAGAGACCCGCCGAUCCGCGACCCGCACAAUAAGAACGCAGAUCUAGAGGCCAAGCGGAGGAUGCCCUCGUCUCACAUACGGGCGUUCACGUCGCUGGAUAAUGUCGAUGUUAUACCUGCGGCGCAGAGGGAUAACAUGGAGAGUUUCUGGCUGGCGGAGACGUUGAAGUAUUUCUACUUGUUGUUUUCGGACAGGGAGUUUUUGCCGUUGGAGGCGACUGUGUUUAAUACGGAGGCCCAUGUGUUUCCGCGGUUUCAGAUGGGGCAGUUGUUUAAGACUGGGUGGAAGCGGAAGCAUGGGAAGGGGAGUUGGCUUUCGUAA